AUGUGUAUGUGGAAGAGGUGUGUCCUUUGCUAAUUUUAUUCUACUUUUGAGGACACUAGUGUACCAGUCUUGCGCAGCUCACUCCUCACUUGUUUGUCCACAAGGUUUCUUCAAGUAUUACCUGCAAAAAUGUCGAAGGAUGUACCACGUGAGCCAGAGCAGCUUCGCAAGCUGUUCAUUGGAGGUCUGAGCUUCGAGACCACAGACGAAAGCCUGAGGGCUCAUUUUGAGCAAUGGGGGAGCCUUACAGACUGUGUGGUCAUGAGGGACCCCAAUUCCAAAAGGUCCAGAGGCUUUGGCUUUGUUACAUACUCAUCCGUUGAUGAGGUUGAUGCUGCAAUGACUGCCCGCCCCCACAAGGUUGAUGGAAGAGUGGUUGAACCCAAAAGAGCUGUUUCCAGAGAAGACUCAAACCGACCAGGAGCCCAUGUGACCGUAAAAAAGAUCUUUGUUGGUGGCAUCAAAGAAGACACAGAGGAGUCACACCUGAGAGAUUACUUUUCUCAGUUUGGCAAAAUUGAGGUCAUUGAUAUCAUGACCGACCGUAAUACUGGAAAGAAGAGGGGCUUUGCCUUUGUGACCUUUGACGAUCAUGAUUCAGUCGACAGGAUUGUUAUCCAGAAAUACCACACAAUCAACUCUCACAACUGUGAAGUGAGGAAGGCUCUCACAAGGCAAGAGAUGCAGACAGCAGGAAUGGGUCGCAGCAGCGGAGGAGGAGGUGGUGGAAGGCCCUAUGACUAUGACAGAGGCUUCAGCCAGGGUGGUAGGGGGCGCUAUGGUGAUGGUCCUUACAAUUCCAACGGCGGUGGGGAUGGUAGCUGCGGUGGCAGUGGUGGUGGUGGAUAUGGAAGUGGUCCAGGCGGAUACAACAAUGGCGGAAACAGGGGUUAUAACCAAGGUUACAACCAGGGUGGUGGUGGUGGAGGAGGAGGAGGUGGAGGCUAUGGAGGAAAUGGUUAUGAAACCAAUGGCUAUGGUAACUGUGGUGGCGGAGGUGGAGGUGGUGGUGGAAAUAAUUACAACAAUAUGGGACACUACGACCCCCAGGCCUCGAACUUUGGCCCAAUGAAGAACAACUUUGGUGGUGGUGGUGGUAGCGGCGGUGGUGUUGGAAGGAACUUUGGUGGCUAUGGAGGUGGCUCAAACAACGGUGGUGGUGGUGGUGGUGGAUAUGGUCGUUCGGCGCGAUUCUGAAUGUGACGUGGACUGAGUACUUAGGAGAGGAGAGCAAGGAGAGGAGAGCAAGAGAAGUGACAGGGCAGCUGCAGGUUUACGUCCUAAAUCUGCUCAGCCAAACAGUUGUGGCAGGUUACUGCUGCUGCAAGAAGAGAUGUACAGUAGAUAAAUCAUGGAGGGUCUUCACUUAAACAUUUUGUGUUUUUUUUAAUCGAACUGUGUAUCUGGAAAGGAAGCAUUCCAAUGAGAUUUUAUGUAGAUUUCUUUUCCUUUGAGUCUGGUUUUUAUUUGUAACUGCAUCUAAUCAAGCUGAAAUAAAGCAUCUUUCAGUUUUUUUUACAAA